AACGGCGGCAACAGAAGCAGAAAGAGCUCUGAGAGGAUCGAGAGAGGAGAAACAGGAACGAAUAAAACUAUAAAAAGGCGGUUUUAGCCUCUACGCUUCACUGGAACUGAUCCACAGACUCACAGCUUUAAGAAUGAUGCUGCAGCACCCGGGUCCCUCGCUGGCCGACAUCAGCUGCUCCGCCCUGGUUCCCUGCCUCUCCCCGCCCGGCACGCUCACCCUGGACGACUUUACCAACUUCACACCCAUCGUGAAAGAAGAGCUGCGUCUCGCCAUCCAGACCAAGAGGCUCUCCAACGGGCUCAGCGCUGACGUGAGCUCUGACGGAGCCAGCUCCAGCUCUGAUCGGGCGCCGGAGAACGCUGCCGGUGUCUCUGCAAUGAAGAGAGAGAUCACUCCUCAGGAGUACGAGAGGAGAAAGAGGAGGAGGGAAAGGAACAAAAUCGCUGCUGCCAAGUGCAGAAACAAGAAGAAGGAGAAGACAGAGGGUCUACAAAAGGAAUCAGAGAAACUGGAGAGCGUAAAUGCCGACCUGAAGGCUCAGAUUGAGGAGCUGAAGCAGCAGAAGCAGCAGCUGGUCUACAUGCUCAACCUGCACCGACCCACCUGCAUCGUCCGAGCACAAAACGGCCAGACUCCCGAGGACGAGAGGAACCUUUUCAUCCAGCACAUCAAGGAGAGCACUUUACAACUCCACAACCUCACCUCCUCUGCCACCACAAGCAACACUGCCACCUCCUCUUUACCCACGUCUCUCUCCACAGUAGCACCUCUAGACGGGGGGUUUCUGACCCUGGACCACGUUCAGUGUCCCAGCCACCUCUAGACACGGGGUUUCUGACCCCGGAUCAGGUUCACUGUGAUCAGACUCAUGACCUGAGAAUGACAGUGCCAUCUCUGGAUGACUUCUCGGUCUUUUUCACCGUCCUAAAAGCUGCUAGAGAGAAGAAGGUGGCGUUCCACUCCCUUAAACCGUGGCUGCUGAUUGGACAGAGUGAAAUAUAAACGACUGCACCUUUACAUGCAUUGUUUCUUUGAACAGUCAGGUCCAAGGACUGAAACUAAAGCACUAAAAACAGAACAGAAGCAUCGGCUAACUGAUGUUUGGAGUCAAGUAGCGCCUGACUGAGAGUUUGAUUUUUGUACCAAAGUGUGUAUUCAUGGAUUUACUGUCCUUCAGUUAGAGACAUGAUGACUGCGUGAGUGUGAACAUGUAAACGAGUGUCUGAUCUGAAAGUCACCGACUUUAAAAACGUGGUUUGUGCUUAGUAUAGACAGAUUUAUAUUUAUUACGUAUCUACUGUAUGACAUGUAAUAGCUGUAUUAUCGACCCCGUCUGCUGUACAUGAACUUCUAAAUUUGCUGCUAAUACUAACCACUCAGGACCGACGCCAGCUGUAGAAGUCUGUCUGUAUAAUUCAGGUUCUUCGCUGUCAGGGUAUUGGCCACAGACGGGACGUGGUAGCCUGGGCGAGUAAGGGUGGAGAUAUACUGCUGUCUAACCUCGUGUUUGAGGGGGGAUGUCAACAUGACAUUCAGGGAGGUCAGUGUAAUGUGAAAUUAGAAUCUAAAUCAACAUAAAAGUGGCAUCAAUAAUCACAUUAGAUCAGCUCAGGUGACUGACAUCUGCUGGGCCGAACUCACUGUUGGCCCAGUUUCACCAACAUCAGCUGUGAUCAUCCCAGUUAAAGACUGACCCUGUCAGCUAAAACUAUUAUAGCAACCCAAAAGGCUUCUUGUAGAUGUGUCUUUAGUAUUAUUAUAGUGUCAAAAUCUACUAAUCAGAUAUGUUUUUAUGAAGAACCAGACUAAUUCAAACAUCUGUGGAUGGGGCCGACACUCGUCUCGUUAAUCCAAACUUUGACCUUAAGGGACAGCUGGACUUUGUUAAGGUUCCUCUCUUCCUCAUGGAGGAGAGGCUAAAGGCCCAAAUAUACUCAGGCGGAACGGACUCCACGGAGGUCCGUGUGGACGUCCCCAAGGCCCGUGCGCGCAAAGCUCAAAUUUUAUGACUGCGCAGACUCCGCUCCGCGUACUGGCUUCACACAAAACAUUGCUCGGCAUGUAUUUUUUACAUCGAUCCGCGUUAAAUGUGACACCAACCUGCAUUUUUAUUGCUUUGCAAAGCCAGCAGACUUCGUCAGUGUAGGACGCUAUGACAGAAAAAUGUAAACAACGUGCAAGGAUUGUGGGAAAUGUAGGAUUUCACAGGAAACUACUAUGCGGCGGCACUCGACUAUGGAAGCUCUGAUGACCGCAGAGUCUGCUCCGCUCACAGUACACUGGAGUAUGUUCGGGCCUUAAGUGUCUUUAAGAACCUUAACUAAGUCCAGUAGUCCCUUCGGAUCAACGUUUGGGUAACCAUGACUCGACUGUGCACCCACAAAGACAUGCCUGUCUUGUUCCUAUUCCACAUUUACACCAACUUCCUCGUCCCAGCUAUUUUGAAAGACAUUUGUCACUGAGCAGAGAAACUCUGCUCUGAUGUGGAUAAUUGUGGUUUGUCUGCUGUGUUGACUCUAUACUGCCCCUAGUGUUUCAUUUUGAGGUGGUACAUGGCUGAAGAGCUGCUGCCAUUAUGCCUUCAUGUGGUUAAAAGCCGGUAUAUCUCCUCCUGAAGCCUGCGUCGAAUAAGUAGCACUGUUAAUGAGUAUGAUAUCUAACAUGCAGACCAUACCGUCCUGUACUUUACAGUUGUAUAUUAGCUAGGAAGCAUAUUAGCUCAUCAGAAAUGUUAAUAAUUUCACAGGUUCACUUUAUUUAUCACUGCUUUCCUCUUAAACUAAACUAGUGUGGCUUCUAUUCUCUGAGGAUGGAGCUACAUGAGUGUUAUUUCUCUGACGGGUUGUUUUCUACUUUAAAAUCUGUGCUACUGUACAUAAACACCACAUGCCUCUUCUGGUCUCAACAGAGCAAAAACAAAAAAAGGAUUGUACUUUUAUAAAGCGUAUUUUAUUAACAUUUGCUUUGUAAGUUGUGUGUUCACUAGAUAUCAUUAGCUAGGUAUCUGAAGUGUUGCAGCAGCUUUAGCAUGCCUGACGCUGAGGUUGUCUAAGAUGAUAUGAUGGCUUUAAAUCCUGCCAAAUCUCUGUCCAUUUCCCCUCUCUCUGCUCUGUUAUCCUUUUAUGUGGAAUCAACACUGAAGAGUGCAAAAACAGGAGUUAUCAUAGCAUUCAUCCAUCAGUGAAGUAUUUCAGUCAUUUCCUGUAAAUCACCAAACACUGCACAUGAUGUUAGCAUCCUUUAGCAUUAGCACUGAUGGAAACCUCUGAGGAAAGUAUUUGAAAACAGAGGAGCUGCACAUGCACAGAGCAUUACUCUACAUGUAAAUGGUGAGGACUGAAGUUUUAUAUUUAUGUUUGCAUGGUUGAGGCUUUUUUUAGUGUUCAUGGUGAGUGAUAUAAAAGUAAAUGUUGACAGUCACACGGUCAAAGGGACGCAGGCGUCUGCGUGUGUUCAUGUGUUAUUGUUGUGGAUGGAUUUGUUUAUAGUCAGAGCUAAUAGAUAGCUAACAGACUGUUGUGUUUAUAAACUGUUGUGCCUUCUACAGGAGGCUCUUCUUAUUUUGUUUGUAGCAUUUUGAGUUUUGGAGCAUCGUAGCCUAAAUUAAUCCAUUCUGGUCCGUCAAGUACAACUGCACUGCUAAUACCAAUGUGCUCUUCUAUCUCUGUCAUCUGUUAACUUUUGUUUUUGAUACUUUGUUAAUUAAAAUAAAACUGCAAAUGCUA